GCGGGGCGGGGGGCGCGGGGCGGGGCGCGGGCCGAGCCGCGGCCGCUCCGGACAUGUCGGGCCCGCGCGCCGGCUUCUACCGGCAGGAGCUGAACAAGACGGUGUGGGAAGUGCCGCAGCGGCUGCAGGGGCUGCGCCCGGUGGGCUCGGGCGCCUACGGCUCCGUCUGCUCGGCCUAUGACACGCGGCUGCGCCAGAGGGUGGCGGUGAAGAAGCUGUCGCGCCCUUUCCAGUCGCUGAUCCACGCGCGGAGGACGUACCGCGAGCUGCGGCUGCUCAAGCACCUGAAGCACGAGAACGUCAUCGGGCUGCUGGACGUGUUCACGCCGGCCACCUGCCUCGAGGACUUCAGCGAAGUCUACCUGGUGACCACGCUGAUGGGCGCCGACCUGAACAACAUCGUCAAGUGCCAGGCGCUGAGCGACGAGCACGUGCAGUUCCUCGUGUACCAGCUGCUGCGCGGGCUGAAGUACAUCCAUUCGGCGGGGAUCAUCCACCGGGACCUCAAGCCCAGCAACGUGGCUGUGAACGAGGACUGCGAGCUGCGGAUCCUGGACUUCGGGCUGGCGCGCCAGGCGGACGAGGAGAUGACUGGCUACGUGGCCACGCGCUGGUACCGGGCCCCUGAGAUCACGCUGAACUGGAUGCACUACAACCAGACAGUGGACAUCUGGUCUGUGGGCUGCAUCAUGGCCGAGCUGCUCCAGGGAAAGGCCCUCUUCCCAGGAAAUGACUACAUCGACCAGCUGAAGCGCAUCAUGGAGGUGGUGGGCACACCCAGCCCUGAGGUUUUGGCAAAGAUAUCCUCGGAACAUGCCCGGACCUACAUCCAGUCCCUGCCCCCCAUGCCCCAGAAGGACCUCAGGAGCAUCUUCCACGGAGCCAACCCCCUGGCCGUGGACCUGCUGGGAAGGAUGCUGGUGCUGGACAGUGAGCAGCGGGUCAGCGCGGCCGAGGCUCUGGGCCACGCCUACUUCAGCCAGUACCAUGACCCCGAGGAUGAGCCCGAGGCUGAGCCCUACGACGAAAGCGUGGAGGCCACGGAGCGCUCGGUGGAGGAGUGGAAGGUGCUCACCUACCAGGAGGUCCUCAGCUUCAAGCCCCCAGAGCCGCCGCAGCCGCCUGGCAGCCUGGACAUUGAGCAGUGAGGGGAAUGCCGCCCGCCAGCCGCACUCAGACUCGAGGGGAAGCCUGAGCCCGCCUGCCCCCUGCCUCAGCCUGCCAGGCUCCCACAAGGGGCGCCUCCCGACACCACUCUGGUCAGCAGCACCCACCCCUGGCCUGGGACCCUCGUCUGCAUGCCCGCUCCUUGGGAGAGGCUGCACGUGUGUGAGCCACGGGUGUAGGAGUCUGGGCAGAGCGUCCUGGACUUCCUUGGUCCUCCCUUUGGGACCUUGCUGUUGGGAACCUGGCUGCCAUGAGAGCUCCCCCUGAGGAGUGUGUCUGUUUCCAGACCUCCCGGGUCCCAGAGGGCUGUCUGGGGGUUGGUGCCUUGGGGCCGGAGCCUCCUGGAGAUAAAGGAAGGGGACUUGAUGGUCAGAGCUGCUCAGCCUGGAAGUGGGAGGCUACUCUGGAAAGAGCUGAGACUCACAGGAUCUUCCGUGGGGGGUGGCAGAGUGGGGACGGCUGCCUGGAGCCAUGUACUCACCUAUGCGGUGUGUGGCACGUGUAUCCUCCUGGAAUUCACGUGUCAAAGCAGAUACAGGCACGUGUGACUCUGAGGGCACCUGAGAGCCAGUGGCCACGACCGGCAGGAGGCCCACGUUGGGGUGGUCCUGCUGCCUCCCCUCCACUCCUGAUGUGGGUGGGGUGGAGCGCAUUGCUAAAAUCCCGGUGGGCAGCCUGCAAGGGGCUCAGGUGGCCACAGGCAACCACGUGAGCCAAACCCCUUCCUCCUUGGGUGUGGGAGCUGCAGCAGGUUCUGAGGCACAAGGGCACUGUGCCCGCUGGGGGGCCAGCAGGCACGGGGCCUCCAGCCCGGAGGACGCACACAGCCACAUGGACUCGGACCCUGGACCAGAGCUGACGAAGCCUCCUCUGCCCACUCUACCUCUGCCCACCCUCUGGCCCUGCAGCCAGGAGCUGGGGUGCUCGAGUCUGUGGGUCAGCCCUUGUCCUCCUUCCUCCUUCCAGAGUGGAGCUGACCUAGUGAGCUCUGGACGGGACCGUCCUGCUCAAGACGUGUUGGGGGUGUGGGUCCCGCAUUGAGGAACUUCUCUGUCAGGCAGGACCAGGGAGGUCUGAAUGUCAAGUGCCUGCACCAGGGUUUUGCAAUAAAGGGAGCCCCCUUCACUCUGCUUGUGUUUCCUGCUCCAGGGUGUGCUGCCCCGCUGCCCCCACUGCCUGGAGGGGGUGGCCACGUCCCCGAUCAGACAAGCAGCCAUCGGCAGCACCCUCCCUGCUCCCUGAGGGCCAGCAGGACCUGAGGUGGACAGGGCGUGACGUCCACCCACAAUCAGCCUGCUGCCCUCAGAGGGUCACUGGGCAGGACCUAGUCCAGAUCCAGACCUGCCCCUUCACUCAGUGGUCAGGGAGGACACGGGGCGGGGGAGUGGAGGCCUCUGGGAGCAAAGACCCGCC